UUACAGUACCGCCGGCCUGCUAUUUUUCUCCCUGACGCCUCCGCCUCUCCUCUGAUCGCCCCCGGUUCGUCCUGGUCAUCCUUGGGAUUACUUCUCCGUCGUUGAUCCUGUCGUCGCUCAUCGUCGCGAAUCGCAAAUCAUCGCGAAUUGUCGCAAUGGCGUGGUCGGAUUACGCCAUGCUUGCAGCGUCCGUCGCCCUCCCCAUCGCACAGGGCUUUCUCUCAGCGUCGCUCUUCGGCGGCGGUGAUUCGCCAUGGUAUAGGAGCCUGGACAAGCCCACUUGGACCCCGCCGGGGUGGGCGUUCCCCGUGAUCUGGAUCAAUCUGUACAUCAUGAUGGGCGUCGCCGCGUGGCUAGUGUGGCUGCAAGGAGGAUUCUCCCUUCAAGCUCUUCCCCUGGGCAUCUAUGUCUUUCAGCUGGUCCUCAAUUUCCUGUGGACUCCCCUCUUCUUCGGCAUGCACAAGAUUGACUGGGCGCUAGCAGAAAUUGUGCUGCUGUGGCUGACGCUCUUCUGCACCAUCGUGGUCUUCUGGCCCGUCAGCAAAGUCGCCUCUAUUCUUCUCUGGCCCUACAUCGUCUGGGUGUCCAUCGCCACCUGCCUCAACUGGUACAUCUUCCUGCACAAUGCUCCCACCCCCGGUGCUGACGGCCUUGCUCAGCCGCUUCGGUCCUCUGACUGAUGAGGAUAGAGUGCACGGGAUAUAUUGUAUUUCUUCAGGGUUUUCAUGUGCAACAGAAAGUUUUAUAGCACCUAAAUAUUCUGAUUCAUGUGCCAAACCCGAAUUGCUUGGCAUGCACUAUGCGAUAACCAGUGGAGAUCGUGCAUGCAUGACUGGGCGGAGCUACCGAAGCAUGACAUUACCAUUUGAUCUGUUGUGAUAAAAUCGUAGCGAUACG